AUGCUACCCUACUUAUCGUUUCACUUCCUGUCCCUCUCUCUACAUCUAUCUAUAUCCUUCUUUUCACUCACUCACUCUCCAUAUUUAUGUAUCUAUCUGUUUCUUUUGAAUCAAUCACUCAUUGACUCACUCAUUCACUCUCUCUCUCUCUCUCUCUCUCUCUCUCUCUCUCUCUCUAUCUAUCUAUCUAUCUAUCUAUUUUUCUCUUUCUCUUGUUAUUUAACAACGCUUCUUUCGUUGCAUAUUUUCUUCCACUUUUUCUCUUUUUUAAUUUAUUUUUUCUUUCUGCUUUCAUUCAACUUGUUUUAUUUUCUUUUUCAGCCAAUUUAUAGAUUUCUUUCCUUCCUGCUUUAUCUCAACUUUCUUUCAUUAUUCUCUCUUUAUAUGUUCUUUAUUCUUUCUUUUUUUUCCUUCUCUAUUUUAACUUUUUCUUUCCGUUCCUCUCUUUUUCAAACUUCCAUCUUUCUUCCUUUUUUUUCUUUCUUUCUUUCUUUCUUUCUUUCUUUCUGUCUGUCUUUCCCUCUCAUUUUAACAGUUCUUUCUUUCUUUCUUUCCCUUAACAGUUUUUUCAGUUCUUUCUGUCUUUCUUUCUUUCUUGUUCUUUCUUUCUUUCUUUCUUUCUUUCUUUCUUUCUAUCCCUCUCAUUUUAACUGUUCUUUCUUUCUUUCUUUCUUUCUUUCUUUCCCUCUCAUUUUAACAUUCUUUCAUUCUUUCUUUCUUUCUUUCUUUCUUUCUUUCUUUCCUCCCUCUCAUUUUUUAACUGUUCUUUCUUUCUUUCUUUCUUUCCUUCUUUCUUUCCCUCUUCUUUUUUUCUUUCCUCUCUCUUUUAACAGUUCUUUCUUUUUUUUUCAUUCUUUCUUUCUUUCUUUCUUUCCCUCUCAUUUUAACAGUUCUUUCUUUCUUUCUUUCCCUCUCAUUUUAACAGUUCUUUCUUUCUUUCUUUCUUUCUUUCCUUCUUUCUUUCCCUCUCAUUUUAACUUUCUUUCAUUCUUUCUUUCCCUCUUUCUUUCCCAUUUUAACAGUUCUUUCAUUCUUUCUUUCUUUCUUUCUUUCUUUCUUCCUCUCAUUUUAACAGUUCUUUCUUUCUUUCUUUUUUCCUUCUUUUUUUUCAUUUUAACUGUUCCUUCUUUCUUUCCCUCUCAUUUUAACAGUUCUUUCAUUCUUUCUUUCUUUCUUUCUUUCCCUCUCAUUUUAACAGUUCUUUCAUUCUUUCUUUCUUUCUUUCUUUCUUUCCCUCUCAUUUUAACAGUUCUUUCUUUCUUUCUUUCUUUCUUUCCUUCUUUCUUUCCCUCUCAUUUUAACUGUUCCUUCUUUCUUUCCCUCUCAUUUUAA